UUGGGUCUCCUCGCCGGAAGCGGAAGUGGAGAAGAGAUGCAGGACCUUCAGCACGUGCCCAUCGACAUCCAGACCAGCAAGCUGCUCGACUGGCUUGUGGACAGAAGGCAUUGCAACCUGAAAUGGCAGAGUCUGGUGCUGACGAUCCGGGAGAAGAUCAAUUCUGCCAUCCAGGACAUGCCAGAGAACACGGAGAUUGCCCAGCUGCUCUCGGGAUCCUACAUUCACUACUUUCACUGCCUAAGAAUUGUGGACCUUCUCAAGGGGACUGAGGCCUCCACGAAAAAUAUAUUUGGCCGGUAUUCUUCACAGCGAAUGAAGGAUUGGCAGGAGAUUGUAGCCCUAUAUGAGAAGGACAACACCUAUUUAGUGGAGCUCUCUAGCCUCCUGGUUCGGAAUGUCAGUUAUGAGAUCCCCUCACUGAAGAAGCAGAUUGCCAAGUGCCAGCAGCUACAGCGAGAGUACAGCCGCAAGGAGGAGGAGGGCCAGGCAGGGGCUGCUGAGAUGCGGGAGCAAUUCUACCAUUCCUGCAAGCAGUACGGCAUCACGGGUGACAAUGUUCGAAGAGAACUGCUGGCCUUAGUGAAGGACCUGCCGAGUCAGCUGACUGACAUUGGAGCAGCAGCUCAGUCCUUGGGGGAAGCCAUUGACUUGUACGAGGCCUGCGUGGGCUUUCUGUGUGAAAGCCCCACAGAGCAGGUGUUGCCAAUGCUGAGAUAUGUACAGAAGCUAGGAAACUCAACAGUGUACGAAUGGAGGACGGGGACAGAGCCCUCCGUGAUAGAGCGGUCACAUCUUGAGGCGCCUCCUGAGCCAGUGGAAGAAGAUGCGAUCGAUUGGGGUGACUUUGGGGCAGAGGCAGCAUCUGAAGGGAUUGACUACGGCAUCUCUGCUGAGGCCUCGGGAAUCGACUGGGGCAUCUCGCUGGACUCGGACUCAAAGGAAGCGGGGAGUGAUGGGAUCGACUGGGGAGAUGCUGCUGCUGCUCAGCAGAUCACCGUGCUGGAAGCCGGAACCGAGGCUCCAGAAGGUGUCGCUAGGGGCCCGGAUGCUCUGACGCUCCUUGAGUACCCUGAGACUCGGAAUCAGUUCAUCGAUGAGCUCAUGGAGCUUGAGAUCUUCCUGUCCCAGAGAGCUGUGGAGAUGGGUGAGGAGGCAGACAUCCUGUCGGUGAGCCAGUUCCAGCUGGCUCCGGCCAUCCUGCAGGGCCAGACCAAGGGGAAGAUGGUUACCAUGGUGUCCGUGCUACAGGAUCUGAUUGGCCAGCUCACCAAUCUUCGAAUGCAACACCUAUUUAUGAUCCUAGCUUCACCAAGGUAUGUGAACCGGGUGACUGAGUUCCUCCAGCAAAAGCUGAAGCAGUCCCAGUUGCUGGCCCUGAAGAAAGAGCUCAUGGUGCAGAAGCAGCAGGAAGCAUUUCAGGAGCAGGCGGCCCUGGAACCCAAGCUGGACCUGCUGCUAGAGAAGACCAGGGAGCUGCAAAAGCUGAUCGAAGAUGACAUCUCCAAGAGGUACAACGGGCGUCCCGUGAACCUGAUGGGAGCCUCUCAGUGA